AGUUUCAGCACCAUGGAGAGCCCCCGCCUGCGGCUGCUGCCCCUCCUGGGUGCCGCCCUGCUGCUGCUGCUGCCUCUGCUGGGCGCCCUGGCCCAGGAGGACGCCGAGCUCCAGCCGCGAGCCCUGGAUAUCUACUCCGCCGUGGAGGAUGCCUCCCACGAGAAGGAGCUGAUCGAAGCGCUGCAGGAAGUUCUGAAGAAGCUCAAGAGUAAACGUAUUCCGAUUUAUGAGAAGAAGUAUGGCCAAGUCCCCAUGUGUGACGCGGGAGAGCAGUGUGCCGUGCGAAAAGGAGCUAGGAUUGGGAAGCUGUGCGACUGUCCCCGAGGAACCUCCUGCAAUUCCUUCCUCCUGAAGUGCUUAUGAGGCAUCCACCCUUCUCCAUAAGUUCCCCCCACCCCCACUUUCCCCAGAGGACCACACCUUCAUCCCUGGUGUGUUGCUUUAGCAACAAAGUUUGCAUCUCCCUCUGAGGAAAAGGGGGCUCUUUUCCUGCUGUUUCCAAAUAAAAGAACGCAUUAGAUGUUACUGUGUGAAGGGUAAUGCCUUGUAUGGUGUUGAUACAUGUGCAAAGUAUUCUAUUCUUAUUUUACCUGUCUGACAAGCUUUUAAAAGUGGAUAUUGAAGUAGAGAAGGAGAACUUCGCUUUGAAAAUCGUAUUUUUGUAGGUGGUAUGACAGGAUGAAAAUUAGAUCAGGUAAAUCUUGGUAGAUGACAUCACAACCUGGAAAAUAAACCACCCCAAGCAUCACACAUUGAAGCAUGUACAAAUUAUACCUAAUAAAGUGUUUUCCAUAAUU